AUGGAUUUUCUCCAGUAUUUCCACUAUCCGGACGGCAAGACCAAGGAAUAUGUCCAGUUCCGCCAGUGUAUCACCGUCAAGUAUGGGCAGAUCAUGGAAGUUGUGCUUUUGGUGGUGAUCUGCUACAUCCCGCUCCAGAACUAUCUUUUGGCGAAAAAGAGAACGUUUCUCCCCCGGCUCCACCUCUUGGGCUCGAUCAAUGUGGCAUUGGACCAUCGCAUCCGCCAUUACGAAGCCACAAACAAGCAUGUCCGGCGCUGGAUUUGCCAGGCGUUGAAAAACUUGGCUUACGGCAUCUACUUGAAUCUGACCACGUUAUUCCAGAUUGUCUUUUGGCUCGCCUUGUUCCUGUUUAUGGCCUUGACCGACAUCCACAGAGGCGACUUGAUCUUCGUGGCGAAAAGAUUGGGCAGACUUUCGGUGGUUUCGUUACCUACGGUUCUUUUCCUCACUCUAAGACCUUCGCCGUUGCCCAACACGCUCUACUUGUCGUUGCUUCCGAUCCACAAGUGGCUUUCUCGUGUGGUUGUUCUUCUGGCCGUGGUGCAUACGGCGCUUUAUUUGGGGUUCUUCCAGAAGUCAGACACCUGGUUCAAAGCCUGGAAAACUGAAAACCUCUACGGCUGGGCCGCGUUGCUCGGCUUUCUAUUGAUCGCCAUCACGUCCUUGCUGAAAGUGCGAGACCGCAGCUACAAGCUUUUUUUCUUUAACCACUAUUUUUGGAGCUGGGCCGUGGUGUUCUUGCUUCCUUUCCAUGUUCGCCCCGUAGAAACAACCUACGUGAACAUUUUGAACGUCUCGAUAUUGUCGUAUCAAGUCUUUUACCGCUUGAGGUCUACUUCGGUCUCUACACUGACUUCAAGCUUCAAAGUACGGGACAUAUCGCCCAACUUGGCAUGUGUGGAAUUCCCAAACUCCCUAAUCAAAAAGAAAGCCGUCAAUCCUGGCGCACAUAUUCGCAUCACCAACUACCAUCCUAAUUUCCUUGUACGUGUGUACAAGCAGCUCAUUCCAAAUUACCAUCCGUAUACGCUAGUGUCCUUACCUCAGGACCGCUCGCAAAAACUCAUUGUGAGGAAAAGCGCCUUCAAAUGGCAAGCCAAUCGCAGGUACUUAGUAUUUGGGUCGUUUGAUCCCAAGUUGCAGUUUGUUCACUCAAACAACACUCCAGGGCAGGUUUUUUCGCUUUCAAAAGUGAAGGUCACGGCGCAGAAACUUUUGCUUGUCGUGGGCGGGUCGGCUAUCUCGUUUGCAAUUCCAAUUCUUCGUGUGCUGAACUACCAUGGCAUCCCAGUCAAGGUCAUAUGGGUCAUUCGGGACUACAGAGACAUUUCUGUUUUGCGAGAGUUCGAUGGCUACAUCCAUGGAGACGACUUUGAAAUCUUCGUUACUGGAGGCGUUGCCACAGAUUCCGAAAUGCUGUCGAUGAAAAUGCCUUCAUACGGUACGUUCAACACCACAGACCUUGAGCAGAAUGAGAGCUCUCGGAUCUUCUACUCGGACGACGAAGAAGUGGGAGUGAACCAAGAAAUUGAAAAUGUUGACGUGGACCUUUCUGAAGAAGAAGACGAUGAAGAGUGCCAACGUGAUUGCACGGCUCUGCAUAUCGAGUUGCCUCAAGAUAUGGAAGAUGUCAGCGAUAUCAGUUCACUUGAGGAUGAAAUGGAUUUCUCUCCUGCGACAGAAGUCACACUGGGAAUUUCACGGAAAACAAGCCGGUCGCAGUCGAUCAACGAGCAGUUCGUGCCUCUUUUGGACAAGAGCAUCGAAACUCAUCGUCGGUGUAUGAAAACGUUGCAGCAGCUCAACUUGCAACACCACAUUUACAAGGGCAGACCCAAAUUGAACUACCGGUACUACAACUGGUGUGUCAACUCCAACGACAUUUUCACCCAGUGUUCAGGACCUGUGAUGGACGAAUCCAGCAAUGUUGUCUGCUGUCGAGAUCUUCCCGGCCGCACACAUAAAUCUGCGCCCAUGUCGUCUCUCGAAAAUGUGUGGGUAGCUUCGGCUGGGCCGAAGUCUUUGGUUAAAAACGUGAAGCUUUGGGCUAGUGAGAACGGGCUCAGGUAUCACGAGGAAGCAUUUUACGUAUAG